UUCCUUUUCCUUGCUUUCAUUUGAACUUCUUUUAUGGAUUUGUUUCUUCUUGAAAUCCAGUCACCAGGAUGAGGCAGCAUUCCAGCUCUGAUCCCAGCAGUGCUGGCGCACAGGGAUUACUGUGCGUGCCUUACAUAAGGCAGUCCUGUUUACAGACACAGGGAUUUUGGUUUUACCAGCAGUGCGAUGCUGUUGGAUUGUGUUCAGCUUGUGACUCACUGUAACCCCAGCUCUUUAUUUCUGCACAGCUGCCUCUCAGGGAUCAGGUUAAAGGCAAUUGACAAUUCUAGGAUUUUUCUGAAUCUGCAGAGCAUGCCUGAUUUUGGGGUUGAGGUACCCCCUGCCAGGGCAGAAUUUGGCUGUUUCUGGCAGCUUGGGUGAUCUGCUGCCUUUCCUCAAAGGCAGAGAGCUCUCCUGUCCACACRUGGCUCAUCAGAGGUGGCACCUGGUUUACCACGUUGAACUUUUCUCUGCAUCUUCUCUCCAGUUCUUGCAUUUGCUGUUUGUUCCAUGUGUUCUUUUUGCUGGAUAUUUGCUGAAAAUGUGCUGGUAUGCUUUGCUGUUUGCAUGUGGCUCUUGKAAAAAUCAUUAUUGGUCUGAACAAYUGAAAGGGAAAGGAGGCAAGCUGGCCUGCUGCCCUUCCCAGGGAGGAUUUUUGGUGCUUUUGGGAGGUUUAUGUCCCACAUUCACUGUUGGGACUUACCACAGGGGAUAUAGAAAUGGAAGCCUGUACAUUUCUGUAAAACAAUAAAGAGAAAAAAGACCAGAGAUGGUGUGGGGGAGCCUUUUGGGCUUGGAUAGAGUUUCAAGUGCUCAGAAAGCUCCUGAAGGCAGCUAAGGGCCYCCCUGAACCCAGCCACAUAAACUGGUUUAGGUGCCCUGAUCAGGUGAAACUUUGCUCUGUUUAUGGAGAAGAUGAAUAUAAGUUUUCAGGAUGGCUCUAGCCAGAACAUCACAGGCCCAUGGGCCUUCUGGUUGCCUUCCCCACCUCUGUGUCAGCACAUUCAGUUUGAAAGGCUUCAUCAGGUUAAAGGGUGAUUAUCAGGAAUUCUUUGGGAAAGACAAAUUUGCAAUUCUGAUGGUAAGUUAUGUAAGUAGAACACUUGGAGCCUUAAUUUUCUGGUAAGGCAGCCUCAYAAAGCCUAUUAAAGGGGACAGAAGACUCGCAGAAUGCGAUUCUGUGGGGCCCUGGAGUGCUGCCAGCAGGAGCGGGGCUGGAGGAGCGGAGGGGUUGGCUCURAGGGCUCCGCUCCUGAUUGCCGUGCUGUCCCCGCAGGUCUCCCGGGUGCCGGGCCCGGGACAGCAGGGCCCGGAGUUGCCAUGACGACAGGCGACUGCUGCCACCUCCCCGGCUCCCUGUGCGACUGCCCGGGAAGCGCUGCCCUCUCCAAGUCGGUGGAGGACUCGGACAUCGGGCGCCCGCAGUACAUCACCCAGGUCACCGCCAAGGACGGGCGGCUYCUCUCCACGGUCAUCAAGGCGCUGGGCACCCAGAGUGAUGGUCCCAUCUGUCGAAUCUGUCAUGAAGGUGGAAAUGGGGAGGGACUGCUUUCCCCAUGUGACUGCACAGGAACACUGGGCACCGUGCACAAGAGCUGCCUGGAAAAAUGGUUAUCCUCCUCCAACACAAGUUACUGUGAGCUCUGCCACACAGAAUUUGUUGUAGAGAGAAGACCAAGACCCUUGACAGAGUGGCUGAAGGACCCUGGGCCCCGCAAUGAGAAGAGGACGCUGUUCUGUGACAUGGUGUGUUUCCUGUUCAUCACUCCACUGGCGGCCAUCUCGGGCUGGCUGUGUCUGCGCGGCGCCCAGGACCACCUGCAGUUCAACAGCCGGCUGGAGGCCAUCGGACUCAUAGCACUCACUAUAGCACUUUUCACAAUCUACGUCCUUUGGACACUGGUCUCGUUCCGCUACCACUGCCAGCUGUACUCGGAGUGGCGAAGGACCAACCAGAAAGUCCGCUUGAUGAUCCCAUCCUCGCGGAGCCCUCACCCCGUGCCCCACUCCCUCCUGUCCGCCAAGCUCAUGAAGAAGACUGCGGAUGAAACCACCGUCUGAGCCUCCCGUGGCCGGCCGAGGGGGAGGGUCGAGUGUCCCCGAAGGCCCAGGGAAUGCGGCAGCCCUGGGGACACUGGAGAACAAUCAUCCCAUCCAAAGGAACUCUGUGCUCAGCACGUGCUUUAGACCUUGGCAAAGAGACACAUAAUCCACAUCUGUGUGUGAAACACCCAAAAGAGCCUGAUGGCAGAAAAUGCCUGUCUGCAGGGAUGCUUUCUUAUAACUAAAUACCAUAUGUGGAAAAACAUCUCCCUCUCUCUMUAUAUAUAUAUCUAUAUAUAAUAUUUUUUAAUGGCCAUGCAUAUUGUGUUUYAGUCCUUUUGUGUUGAUGUUCUCUAAGCUUCAGGAUAGAAGCUGGCAGCCUGAUCUCAUUCAGAGGUUAAAUCAAUGCCUUUUUUUCCAAAUGACCGUAUGAAGAACACUUUUCAUCAACCAUUCUUGAAAGUCCUCUUCUCCUUUGCACUAAAUUGGUUUUGAUAUACUGCAGCAGCCUUCCCAUUACUCUUUGGUCUCUUUUGUGGUGUUCUGUCCUUUCUAGRAAGUUGAGUGUUUUUAAUAAUUAUUAUAAUCCCAGAAGGAGUAAAAUUAUGUAAUACCGAAUGGAGACAUUUUGUAUUGUAAAGUACUGUAAUUUUGAGAAUUUCRAAAUCAGUUUCAGAAUGAGAGAAUCUUUUCUGGUGCAGACAUUAUCUCACAAAAUGCUUUCCUUGAGAUCCUGGCUCAUCCCCAGGCCUCAGAUGCACUCAGCUCUUGGUCUGUCUGGCAAAGGUAGAUGGAGGAUCCGAGGCUGGGGAGUGAUGGCUCCACAYUAGCUAAACCCACCGUUGCCUUUUGCUUUGAAAAGAUUGAGGAAGGAGCUUUCCUGAGCCCGGAAGGUGGGAGUUGGAGUCUCUGUUUGCUGAUGUCCUUUCACUACCUUGAGGCUGGACCUCCCAUAGCAUCAGUUCCACACGUACCUUAGGGGACAGGCUGUGCCCUGCGGCACUGGUAGGACGCAGGUGCUCUUGGCUGUCUCUGCGCUUUAUUUGCACAUUCCAGAGGAGCUGCUGCGAUUGGGUUUGUCCUUGGCAGCACUGUCUGCCUGUUGCAUCCUCUAGUGAAACUCCCCAGUUUGCUGGUUGCCAGAGAACGGGCUCUGGGUUGCUUGUCCUGUGGGGCUGGUGUUCCUCCUCCUCCUCCUUUCACCUGCAUUUCCAGCACAUGCAGCUCUCAGUGCCCCCUCUGCCAAGAGUCUCCCUGGUUUGGCUUUGGUCCUGCCAGACAGUGCCUGUGCCUGGUGCUGAGCUUUCCUGAGCCUCCCGAGUGGUUAGGGCUGUGAGGAUGCCAGUGGUGACACUCCAGAGGUUUGUGCAGCUGCUUGGCUGGAGCCUGGGCUCUGGGGCUCUGGCUCUGUGGUGAUGAGGGUAGAAAACAGGUGGGAGGCAGGMUUCAAGGGGCCCGUGUCCUUGCAGUGGGUGGUGGCAGUCACACACUAUGUCCCUCUGCCCCUUUGCUGAAAGCAGGUGGAUCAGUGCAAUGCCCUGCRAGAUGGAGAUCUGUAAUUUCCUCAAUUCAAAGCACCACCUCCUCCUCCUUGUCUCUAGCUGCAAAGCAGAAUGUUUAUGUGUUCUCUCAUCCUGGACUGGAAGCUACUGAUGGCAUGAACAGCAGGACCCAUGUGCUGUCUCUACCAACAGGAUUGCUCCAGCCCUGGGCCCUGSUCUCUGUCUGCCCUUCUCUCCCAGGGUUCUGGUGUAACUUGGGCAUACCCUGUCACAUCUUGCAGCAGCCUCUCGGUGCCCUGAGGGCUGCUCUGAGCUGGUCUCUCCUCCAGGCACGGGGGCUGGUGUGACCACGGGGUGAAUGUCCUCUGCCACAGCCAGGCCACACAUCUCUGCUUCACUCCAGCCCCCUGCCUGUCCCUUCCCUUCUGCCACACACACCCACAGCCACCUGCCCUUCUCCAGUCAUGCACUCGUGCAGGGAUUACUCUGCCCUUGRUACUCUUGGUGGAGAGGCUGCUGUAGCCCAGCUCCAGGCGCAGCCCCUGCUCCAGUCUCAUCCCGGUCCCCGCUCUUCACACCUCUUCCAUGACAGCAGGCUCUGCACCACUGCUCUGUGCCUUCUCCUGGGUGUCCCUUCCUUCAGCCCCUUCCCAAUAAUCCCCUUGUCAGGAUGUCACCAGUGAAGAAAAAAAUGAGGGAGUGCUUUGAUCUUCCCAGCCCUGGCUGCCUCCCAGGAGCUUUGGCCUUGCAAUGCCCCACGUUCUGGCAGGUGAUGAGGAGUGGUCUCUUCCACAGCACGUCCCCAGAGUAAGGACUUAAUGGAGCCAGUGUUCCAGUUAGGAAACCCACUGUCAAUCCAAAUAUGCAACUGUGAAAGCCAGAAGCCCCUGGCUGGGGCAGUGGGGGCCCUUGUGCUGCUGUGUGGCUGCAGCUGCACUUGGCAUCCUUGGCUUUAUUGUCGUUGCCAAUAAUUGGAGUUGUUGCAUGUGCCCCUUCAAGACCCAACAGCGACUCUUUGAGUCUUUUCCUCCUUCCCAGAGGAGAUGUUCAACUCGUGACUGUGGGCAAUCGGUGUCUGACCCACCACGUUGCAGUGCGUUCUGGGGAAACGGGCUGUGCAAUGAUGUAAAUAAAAGUGAG